AUGAAUAGGAUCCUGUGCUCGGCCCUGUGGCGGACUGAACCCCUCUGUUUGGGCUUUUUUCGGCGCGGGCACACAGGGUCGCCUGUGAGGAGUGGGUCGGAAGCAGGAAGUGGCCGUGUAAGGCGAUCCACUAGCCGCUGCAACAGAGACCCUUUUCAGCCAGGGAGAGGAGCGAAUGCAUCCCUCGGUCCUAUCCCCCGUCGUUCCCCGUCCCGCACAGCAACGACACAUCGGGCAGUCCUCCGGCGGUUCGCACAGCGGGUCCCCAAGGCCGCAGAGAGAGCGAGAGGGGGGGGGGGGGGGAUCAGACAGGAAAGUGGGGAAAGCUAUUCAACAGAAGACUGACGCAGUCUUUGCCAGAAUAUGACAUUCAGGCUACCGAGUUCUACUAAGCUAACAAUGGCACUAUUUGACAGUGAGGAAUAAGCAUUUACUAGUUGCGCUAGUGCAUCACUGAUGAUAGUCAAUGGUAAGAAAGGAGAAAUAGGAAGAUUAUACUGUUAGAGGUUUAUUUUCAUACGGCACCUGGCAGAAUAGAAUAAUAAAUAAUUUAACAUUUGCGAGGAGACAUUGAACUUCACCUCAUCACACCUUUAUUACUCACACGAAAGCUUCUGCAUGACCCUAGCUUCUCAUGACCCUAGCUUGACCUUUUAUGGAGGGUCAGUGGGUCAGUACUCCACAAGACCUAAGACCUCUCUCCUUCCUUCCUUUUCUCCUUCCUAUUCCUCCUCUCUCUCUCUCUGUCUGCCCUGACCCUCCCCUUCUUCUCAGGCGUCAUAAUUGUCCUGUAUAUAGCCUAUGCAGGAUCGGCAGAAAGCCGUUUCUUUUACGCCUGCUACGUUAGAUUAUCCUGAUGGUGAGGCACCAGACUCUCUCUUGCGUCUGAUUGGACGGAGAGUCAGAGAGCGCCCAAGGUCAUGAUUGCCCCCCCUCCCCCCUCCCCUUGGUAUUUAUGGCCCGGCUUUUGCAGCUGCAAAUAAAAAGGACUUCACCUCCCAAAGGUGGCCCGUCGGCAAGGCACUUAGUUUAAGCGCUGGGGAAAGGAAUGCAAAGCCCAGUCAAUCGCCUACAUUUUAUCCCUUCAGUUUAGCUUUGAUUGCGUUGGCUAUUUCCAAACCAUUAGCAUCAAGUGGUUUUGAACAGGACGCAUAUCACCUCGUCUCUCACGCAGUACAAAAUAAACAAACACAAUAAAAGGAUAUACACUACCAGUCAAAAGUUUGGACACACCUACUCAUUCAAAGGUUUUUCUUUAUUUUUACUAUUUUUUACAUUAUAGAAUAAUAGUGAAGACAUCAAAACUAUGAAAUAACACACAUGGAAUCAUGUAGUAACCCAAAAAGUGUUAAACAAAUCCAAAUAUAUUUUAUAUUCGAGAUUCUUCAAAUAGCCACCCUUUGCCUUGAUGACAGCUUUGCACACUCUUGGCAUUCUCUCAACCAGCUUCAUGAGGUAGUCACCUGGAAUGCAUUUCAAUUAACAGGUGUGCCUUCUUAAAAGUUAAUUUGUGGAAUUAAUUUCCUUCUUUAUGUGUUUGAGCCAAUCAGUUGUGUUGUGACAAGAUAGGGGGGGUAUACCGAAGAUAGCCCUAUUUGGUAAAAUACCAAAUCCAUAUUAUGGCAAGAACAGCUCAAAUAAGCAAAGAGAAACGACAGUCCAUCAUUACUUUAAGACAUGAAGGUCAGUCAAUAUGGAACAUUUCAAGAAAGUUUCUUCAAGUACAGUCGCAAAAACCAUCAAGCGCUAUGAUGAAACUGGCUCUCAUGAGGACCUCCACAGGAAUGGAAGACCCAGAGUUACCUCUGCUGCAGAGGAUAAGUUCAUUCGAGUUACCAGCCUCAGAGUUCAAGUGACAGACACAUCUCAACAUCAACUGUUCAGAGGGGACUGUGUGAAUCAGGCCAUCUUGGUCAAAUUGUUGCAAUGAAACCACUACUAAACAAGAAACACGAGCAAAGGACAUUAGACCGGUGGAAAUGUGAUUAGACCGGUGGAAAUGUGUCCUUUGGUCUGGAGUCCAAAUUGGAGAUUUUUGUUUCCAACCGUCUUUGUGAGAUGCGGUGUGGGUGAACGGAGGAUCUCUGCCUGUGUAGUUCCCACUGUAAAGCAUGGAGGAGGAGGUGUUAUGGUGUGGGGGUGCUUUGCUGGUGACAUUGUCUGUGAUUUAUUUAGAAUUCAAGGCACACUUAACCAGCAUGGCUACGAGAGCAUUCUGCAGCAAUACGCCAUCCCAUCUGGUUUGGGCUUAGUGGGACUAUAGUUAGUUUUUCAACAGGACAAUGACCCAACACAUCUCCAGGCUGUGUAAAGGCUAUUUUACCAAGAAGGAGAGUGAUGGAGUGCUGCAUCAGAUGACCUGGCCUCCACAAUCCCCCGACCUCAACCCAAUUGAGAUGGUUUGGGAUGAGUUGGACGGUAGAGUGAAGGACAAGCAGCCAACAAGUGCUCAGCAUAUGUGGGAACUCCUUCAAGACUGUUGGAAAAGCAUUAGAGGUGAAGCUGGUUGAGAGAAUGCCAGGAGUGUGCAAAGCUGUCAUCAAGGCAAAUGGUGGCUAUUUGAAGAAUCUGAAAUACCAAAAUAUAUUUUGAUUUGUUUAACACUUUUUUUUGGUUACUACAAGAUUCCAUAUGUGUUAUUUCAUAGUUUUGAUGUCUUCACUAUUAUUCUACAAUGUAAAAAUAAAGAAAAAUCCUUGAAUGAGUAGGUGUGUCCAAACUUUUGACUGGUACCGUAGUUCGAAUAGCAGAUGAAAUGUCUACAAAUGAAAGUUAAGCGAUGGUUGGGUUGGGAUUAAUGAGGCUUUUGUUUGAAUAGGAUCCCAUUGUUAUUGUUUCCAGGCAUUAGUUUAGGUGCAAAUGGGCUACAGAGGCGGACCAAAGUGUGAAGCCCCAUGAUACAAUGUAAUGGUGUGUGUUUGGGCAGAGUGAGUUUGUGUGUCGAAGACUUGCUUAUGUGUCUACAGCCCUCAAACUCAACUUUGGACAUUGAUGCCAGAUCCACUGCGUUUUAUCAUUGUCAGGGACUGAUUUAGACCUGGGACACCAGUUGGGGGCAAUUAAUUAUCGUAGGGUAAGAGUUGAAUACCCCUGGUCUACAGGUUCAGGGUGGUGGUGUCCGUGUGUGCGUGUGUAUGCCUUUGUCUUUGCACGUGUGAGUGCAUCCCACUGGGCACACCACGUCAUUUCAACAUGGAAAUGUGGGUAAUAUUUGGUUGAGACGUUGAUCAAUGAGAUUUCAACCAUUUUUCACCCUCUCAAAAAGACAGCAAGAAGUUUGUAGAAUUCCCAAUGUGUUAUCGCUAUGCUUUGAACCAUCUAAAAGCACAACCAAAUUCCGAUGGAAAACAAUCCGAUUUUUGGUUUAGUUGUCAUCUAAAUGUGUUAUCACUGCUCUUUCAACCAUUUUAAAGCACAACAAAGUUCAAAUGGGAAUACAAUGUCAGAUAUUUUGUAUUUAUACAACUUAAUGUGUUAUCACUGUGCUUAAUCUAGUAGCACAACCAAAUGACCUGGAUUGCAGUUGAGAUUACAUUAAAAGGACAUAGUGCAAGUGAUCAAUGCUGUUCGAGAUUUUGUACAGAUUAUUAUAGCAAUUGUGAAGAUCUCCACAGACCUGCGACUUUUGCAUGCUGUCUUGAACAUGCACGCUUUCUAUGAUUACAUAAGAAGACAUUUAUAGUUACAGUAGGCUAACCUACGAAUGUGGCCAUGGAUGUGUUACUCAUUUUGUGUUACCUCCCUUGUACUUUAUUGAUGAAUUAUGGUCGCUAACUCCCCUCAACUGGUUGUCUAGGUCUUAAUUGAUAAGAAAAAACUAAAACCAGCAGACACUAGGCCCUCCAUGGAUUAAUAUUUGGGGGGGGGGGGUAGCCUGUAAUGUCUCUUCCCCUCAUACCCUGAAAUAAAAUCUGUUCACUCAAAUAUUUCACUGUCAAAUUUCUGUUAUCAACCUACUAAUCAAGCAUAUUAUGGCCAUAAAUUACAUCAAGGACUUGCUUUCUUCUUGGCAAUAUUCUGGAGACAAACUUGGAAGACACACUCACAACGCAGUCAAGUCUUUAGUUCCACAUUGAGACAGUAGAGGUCACUCAAGUGACAUAAAUGAAAGCAAAAAUAGAUGCUUUUGGAGAAAUUGCACUAAAUGGAAAUCAUAGUAUUAUUGUUGAUAGUUGAUUUGGCUUUACCACAAAUUAGCAUUGCAUUUAUUUGCAGUGCUGCCAUUUAGUUUCCACUCAAGGAUUGCUCCAGCAGAGAGGCAACUAUGGUAAUGUUGGCUUUGGGUAAUGUGAGAGACAGUGGGUAAUGUUAUCAGCUAGCUAGCUGAUGAGAAAUGUAAUGAGCAAGUUAGUUGUGCUAGCUAGCUAGCUAGCUAUUGUAUCAUGUGAUACAUGGAAUGGCAUAUAGCUAGCUCAAUACAUUUGGUUAUCAAAAUGUCAAUGUCAAUGGAGAUGUGAAACAGUUUAUACUUUGGCUAUUUAGCUAUACAAACAGGUAAGUCAAUUGUGAGGGAGGGUGUGAGAGAGAGACAACCGCACGAGCUCAGUCAUCCACAUAAAGAGACGCGUGCAAUUAUUGAACUGGGAACAUUUUCAUGCUGUGAGAAAUUUUACAACAUGACAUUACAAUCAGAACACAAUCAGAACGAUUGGGAACUAUUUCACACUGGGAAGAUUUUUAAACAGUGGCUAGAAUAUGCGGGUGCUGAGAGAGCGACCAGACCAAACUAUGUUGGAGGACAGAGAAAGACUGUACUACCAAGACUACCCCUGUAGCUCAGUUGGUAGAGCAUGGCGCAAGCAACGCCAGGGUUGUGGGUUUGUUUCCCACGGGGGGCCAGUAUGAAAAUGUAUGCACUCACUAACUGUAAGUCGCUCUGGAUAAGAGCAUCUGCUAAAAUGUAAGACAGAGUCUUGUGACAUACAGGUAACAGCCAAAAUAAAGGAAACACUUGAGUAAAUGAGGGAUACAAAGUAAAUUGAAGGAAUAUACUAAGCAAUUAAUAUCCCAUUAUGCUCAGAGUCAUGUAUAAAAACGCCCAGUUGCCCAUUAUUUUGGCUAACAUGACUAGAAGAAGAGAUCUCAGUGACUUUGAAAGAGGGAUCUCACAGAGCAUAUGGGGUUUAAAGGGUGUGUGUGUGUCUCAGUCACCAAAUUGAACACUUAUGGGAGAUUCUGGAGCGGCGCCUGAGACAGCGUUUUCCACCUCCAUUAACAAAACACCAAAUGGUGGAAUUUCUUGUGGAAGAAUGGUGUCGCAUCCCUCCAAUAGAGUUCCAGACACUUGUAGAAUCUAUGCCAAGGCGCAUUGAAGCUGUUCUGGCGGCUCGUGGUGACCGAACGGCCCUGGGCUCAAUUUCUACUAAGCUAACAUAAGAAAUUGUUUUAAGAUGGUCAUACCAAGGAUACUUUAGCUAUUUGAUUUUGAAUUUUAGGACCCCUGUAAGUAUAUAUAUAUAUAUAUAAAAAAACAAAAAACAAUUAUUUGAUUAAACAUUGAAUUUGGCCUUACUGCUUACUUACUUACUUACCCAUAGAAACGCAUUGAAUAACAUAUUCAUACAUGGCAACCAUAUUUAACAUGUACAGGGAGUAAAACAUUUUUUGGGCACAAAAGUAUUUCCAUCUAUACUGUACUUCCAUUAAAAAAAUUAACUGGUACCGGGCUACCUGCAGAUGAGUCUUGUGAGGCUUGUGUGCAGCCUAGGGCAAAACAACCGACAUGUACAGUAUGUCUUUCUGAGAGUCUCACCUUUCAAUGGUGGGGUCAUAUUAUUGUGUACAAAUGUUUGGACGCUACAGAAAGAAGUUGGUAUAUCGGCGGUACCGACUUCAGACAAGUCCCGUGAUGCUUGUGGGGUUUGCAGCAAAACGGAAAACACCAUUGUGUUCGUGAGAGACGUUUUUGUGAGAAGAACAAUUUUUGGGAUGUCUCCUGGUCUGACAAACACUGCUGUAGCUCUGCCACCUUCAUCCGCAGAUGCAGAAGGCCGACAUCGGCCGAUGCGGUGGAUGGAGACGCAGCCCAUGUAAAACAGAUCUCUCUAGCUUAAAUAGACCGAUUUUGAUUUUUUUAUCAUGCUAAUUAGAUGUCUGCGGGGGCAUGGACAUUGACUCUAAGACACUUUAUGUUGGUGUUUCCUUUAUUUUGGCAGUUACCUGCAGAUGAAAGUGUUAUGAACUGACCUGGUCAAGUCCAUGCCUCUGGCAAAGCGCUCAGCAUUCAGCUAGGCUUUGAAUGUCUGCCCAGUCCAGGUUACCUCUCAAGACCCAGACUCAACAGACAGAAACAGACAAAAACACAGACACAAAGACAAACCGCAGACUCAUCGCUCACCGUCCCACUAUGAGAAAAACUACAGACCAAACAAAAGAAAAACACCUCUGAAGGGUUACCAGGGUUUAAUUUUUUACAGGUGCAUUUUUGGAAUACAACAUCAUGCGUUGACAUACUUAGAAAAUAUUGAGUCGUAAUGAGGUUGUUUCGACGCUUCCUCUGACUAUUUCAAGGCAGGCAGGCAAGCAGGGUAAAUUAGGAAAAUGCUGGUACAAAGUGACUCACACAUUCAGUUCCUGGAAUUCCCUCUCUUUGGCCAGGAGAACGACGCAAAUUGGAAUAGAAUGUGACAAAUAAAUAGAAUAAUGAUUACUGACUGCAUUUUGACACUCAGCUUUGACUCUAAUAUGUGUGUUACCGUUUUAAAGUUGGCAUGCAGUGUUAUGUUGUUGGACACCCCUGCCUGCUCUAAACAGCACUGAGUAUGUAGGAGUCAUAUAACCUCUCUUGGAGAAAAAAUUGAAGUUCGUAUUAAAACAACUUUAUUGUUACUGUUAACUCUCUCAGAUAUUUAUUCACGCACCUUAGUUGUACUGCAAGGUAGCACAACCGGUAACGACAGAAAAUUGUUUCCUUUACCUUAAAUAGCAGACCUGCCCCACCCAGUGAACCUCCUCAACUACUUCUUAAACCUUAAACAUACAACCCAACCUACCUGACGUCGUCCUAUCCAUAAAGUUCCUUAAAGUUUUACAUGGUUGCCCCCAGUGUUCAGCAGGCCCCAUCUGUCAACCAAAUCACUACAACUCUCAACGUUCAUCGUAACUCAUUUAAAAACAUUUUCCUUCCUCCCGGCAUCGACCCCCAACUGCCCUUCCACUCCUGUGACCUAAUGCGGAACACUGUCUAUCUUUAUCUUCUUCUUUAAUUGAAGCAGAGAAAAAGCCUUGGAUGUGUGUUGAGCCCAUAGAAAUACGAUGACUAGAACAGACCAACUCUAUUUCUAUUGUUGUAAGCAGAGGAGUAGUAGUAGAGAAAAAUUCCACUAAAAUAAGGUGUUCCAUUUAUACCCAGCGGCCUGGUUUAUCCCAGAAAACAGCAUGUGGCUAGCGGCAGGAGGGAAGAGACAUGGAUUUGUAUAAUACUGUACGGACAAGAGAGGAAGCAAAGGAUAAAGUAGGACAAGGCUUGAGAGCGAGAGAGAGGGAGAGAGAGGUAGGGAGAGGUCAUUUUUCUGUGCUACUAUUCUUUGCUCCGCCUGCUCCACCUCCCCCCAUGACCUGGCCUGUGUCCCAAAUGUAAGUGUACUACUUUUAACCAGGGCCCUAUUUCCUAUAUAGUUUGGGACACAGACCAGGUCAUUUGGGACACAGCCACGGUCUCAGACUAGUAGUUUCCCUCUGUAUUGAUAACAGUGCAUGAGGUGCCAGGGCUAUAAAUGUAGGACUUCCUGUCCAUCAAUCAGCCAAUCCACUUUCCCUUGGGCUGUCUGUCUGUGAGCCAUCCUGUCCCGUGCCCUUUAGCCAUAUUUGUCUUCCACCUUUUAAAAUUCAUCUACAGAGGUCCGGACACACUCUUGUCAUUCAUGCAUGUACAGUACACACACACUGAAAGACAGCGACUCCGUUUAGGCUGAUCUGUAACCCACUAGCACCUCCCGCGGUAAGGGAAUGAGGCAAUCUCAGAGUUACACACAAGGAUACUUUAUUGACACACACAGAUGAAAGGUACAUGGAAAGGUAGUGGAAUGGUAGUGGUUCUGUAACAGGAGAAAACAAGAGGCACAGAUACAGAACCUUACAGAAUAGAGCAGUAACAAAUGGCAAAAGACGAUAUAGAAAUAUAAGCUGAAAUGCUGCUGAACAACUAGCAGUAAUAUACACAUAUACACAACUCACUUUAUACACGCACACCAUCCCACAUGUGCAGGAUAUAUGAAUGAGUCCAGUUGUUGUUGUGCAGGACAGAGCUGAUGUCCAGCCCUCUACCAACCGCCCUAACAACUGCCCUGUCAACCAAUCAGUGAGCAGGGCCCUAGGUGUGAAUGGACCGUUUAUGACGUUAUGACCCCUAGCCUACUGCAAAGAUGAGAAAGUUAGUAAGGUUGUGUCUGAGAAAGGGCUGUAAGAUAGUCAUAAAGCAGGAAAUUUGUAACACACACACAUGCAUGUGCACACGUACACUCACUCAUUCGCAGACAGAAACUCUUACACACACACUCACACGCUCCCGCUCUCAUGCUGCCAAACAUUAACCCACAUUAAAAGCCCAUUCAGUAAUAUGUGUGUACUUUUGCAUUCACAUGCACAAGACUUUUAGACAAUAAAAUACGCACCUUUUGGCUUUGAUGGAGUAGCCUGUUUUGAGAGAGUAUGACAUAUAUGUAAAUGAACAAACGGAAUUCUCCUACAUGCUUAUAACAAGUUAAGAAACAUUCCACCUGCAGGCUUAGAGGGACUCAGGUGUUACCCAACUAACCUAAUGAAACGUAUGCAUUUGGCAUUUGGUCUCUGUAGAGAACACCCUGUCCAAAGUACAUGUUGACACUCAAUGUUCUACCUGGUUGGUGGAUAUGUGGAUUGAUUCCUCCCUCCCUCACGGCCAGUCAGUCAUGAGCAAAGGGCCGACCCUAGGGGUCAAAGGUCAUGAAUGUGGCCUGCAGGCAGGGCCCUUUAAGCUCUUACAAAACUCCCUGUACAUUCCCUCCCUUCUGGAAUCCAAGUUCACCUCACUAUGAUGUAACCGUUUCCAACCUGUCCCAUCCCAGCCUUCCACACCAGCAGAUGUUUUCCCCCGACUGGGAACACCGGAGGCAUGGAUGCAAUCAGAGCGCCAUCAUUAACGAGCCUCACAAAGUCCCAGGCAUGGGUGUUGCUAUAUUAUCCUAUCCUCCUCCUUAAUGUUAGUGCCUCUGAGCUACUGCGUACGAGUGCCACGAAUCAAGACUCGAUUACAAAUUCCACCCGAACAGGAUAAGACUUGAUUAUAGGAUGUAAAAGCACCAAGACCCAAAUCACGUACUCAAUACAUUUUAAUGUAUAGUCAUUAGUGACUAUAUACUGUAGGAACGUGAAAUCUAUAUGUAGCCUAUUUAUCAUAUUUAGAAAUUCCUAUCCUAAUAAUGUGUCACUAAGGUUGGGCUCAGGAGGGCUCUGUCUACCCCGGGCGCUGACACUCUGAUUUGUAGGUCGGCAGGUCUGCUCCCUGCUCCAGCAGGCCCUAUCUCCUGACUCCUAGCUCUCAGUGGCCUCACUGGCCUUUCCCUCUGGCCCAAGGUGUGUGUGUGUGUGUGUGUGUGUGUGUGUGUGUGUGUGUGUGUGUGUGUGUGUGUGUGUGUGUGUGUGUGUGUGUGUGUGUGUGUGUGUGUGUGUGUGUGUGUGUGUGUGUGUGUGUGUGUGUGUGUGCACGCGUGCAUGCACGCAAGUGUGUGCGCAUGUUCGUGUGUGAGAGAGAGAGAAAAAUGCACUUUUUCCAGUCUUUGUUUUCCUAAGGAUUUGUGUGGGGGCGACACUUUUAUUUUUUAUUUUUUAUUUUUUCACUCAAACUUACUUGAAAUGGGUAGUCGGUGCUUCAAAGAACACUUUCUGCUUCUCAUUAAGGUCAUAAGGCAAUGAUUGAGUUGUGAUUCUGACAUAGAUUUAAGUUUUACAGCAUCGUACUGCUCCCAUUAGAAGUUUUCAGUGUAAAUACUUCUGCUAUUUUAUGAUUUCCUAACAAAUACUGAGGAUUCAGGAUACGGUUCUCCUGUUUACGUGUGUAUGUGGUGGGUACAUAUAUAAACCUAGACCUAGACUCAAUAUUGUUCCAAUCAAUUGAGGGCAACUAAAUGGAGUGUACUUUGAGAAGUCCACUUAACCAAUGCUUUAUUAAUGAAGGGUCAAGCGAUAUAUAACGGUCUCUUGUGAUGUGUGGUCAGGUGUGCGGCCAGGUCAGGAAAAUGUUGUUGGAGUGUGUCCUUACUUUCCAAAUAUCUUCCACUUGAAGUAAGUCUGAGCUUCAAUAUAAAUCGUCAGUUUAUUCAGUUAUAUUUAGCCGUAGCCGAUUAUACACAUUGACAUAAACACACUCGUGGUCAGACACACACAAACACAAACACACACACACACACAUGCAUGCACACACUCGCACGCACUCGCACACACACACACACACUCAUGCAUAGACAUAGCUGAUGGACUGAUGUCAUUAUGGCUGGGGUUACAGAUGACUAUCGUUAAUAAAUACACCUCUUUCUCUCUCUCUCGCUCUCUCUCUCUUUCUGUCUGCUCAGCAAAGCUUCUUUUACAGCUAAUUAAACGUUGCUCCAUUUGAGCAGCAACCAAAUCCUCUGACCUAGCUAGAAGUAUGGACUAGCAAAUAUUGAUAUGCUGAAAUUAGGAAUGUUGGAGGGUGACCAUUAAUUUGGAAGGGAUCUCUGAAAGAGGACUUUGUUCAUUAAGGGUUAGGUUAUCACGGCUAUGGGCCGGAGUCAAUAACCGUUGUCUACUUUGCCCGUAGUAAUAUCCUGUAUGUGCAGUCAUCCAAGGUUUAUAUCGCACGCUUUUCCCAUCAGUUUCUCUCUCCGACCAACCGCCACACAUGAGUAAUAUUCCACUGCCUUGUAGAAAUUAGUGAAAUUGUGUCCCAAAAAAUAAAAUAAUCCAGCAGUUAGAAAAUAACUAAACACAUACACACAUACACACACACAUACACAAACACAUACACACACCCUUCCUCUCUUACCAUCUCCCCCACUGUGAAGCUAACCACAUUUGGGGUUUUGGUGGGGGGGCUGGUGGGAUGGAGGAGGGACGUGGAGAGACUAGAGAAAAACAAGCCUCCAAUGUUUCUCCCUGUUUCAUUUCACCCUCACCUUGGUUUCUAUGGCAUCCCUAAAAUAUUCUCCUGAAAACUGACAAAAACGUCACCCACAACAAGGCAGUGUGACAAAUUAACUGCUAAAUAACAAAGAAAAAAACAUUAAAUAAAUUAAACAGGCAACAGCCGUGUUGACACGUCUAACAUCCAAAACGCUCGCUAACAAACCUAUCAAAGCUAGCUAACUACAGCGGCGGGUGUAUAAUUACUAUGUGUCAGUAUUAGGGCUUUUUCUCACCUUGUCUAAUCAGUGUUGCCUGGGUUCUCCUCACAAUCCCAAUCCCAACUAUGCUGACAUUUCUCUUUUCCACACAAUCCUCAAAAUGCUGACAUAUUAUAUAUAUAUAUAUAUAUAUAUAUAUAUAUAUAUAUAUAUAUAUAUAUAUAUAUGUGUGUGUCUUCUUCCCCAGUACUGCCUUCAAAGCAGCACAAGCAUGAAGGAGACCUUUAAGGCAAAUUGCUUGGAUAAUGGAUGUUUCCAAAAAUAUAGGAGAGUAGGCAGGCCCACUGACUGAGGGUUUGGCCCAGCGCCUGGCCAGUUAUUGGCCCUGCGCCAGCUGUUCUCGCUAGCUGCUGAGCAUUCCGUUCCCCGAGGCUGAGGCUGCGCCUGGCUGGGCUCGUCACACUGCCACUGGGAGAGGUGUGAGGAGAGCAGUCAGCCUGCUUUCUCUGCUGCUACCCGAUCCCCAGCUCUGCAUCCCUCAGCUCAUAGCGCCCAGCUAGCGCCCAGACAAACGCAUACACUACCUGCGUACUGAGCUCCUCCUUAGACGCACAAAGACACACACUAACUCCUUCUCUACCUCCUUUGCGACUUUGUUACUUCCUGUAGAUUCACUCUCCUUCUCAUUCUUCUCUUCUUGUCUCAUCUCAUCUCCUCUCCUCAUUCAUCCCCUCCUUUCGACCUCUUCACUCUUUCUUCUUCUCGCUUCUUCUCUGUUCUUUGUCUUUCUUCUUGCCCCUUCCUUCUCUCCUUGUUUCUUCUCCUCUCCUCUCCUUUUCUCUCCACGUUGCUCUGACUCAGGUCUUGGAGGCUACUGUGAGGUGAUAUUUCACUACAGGCAGCGUCUGGAAAAAGUGACAUUUUUGGGAAAUGCUACCUAAUUCUGCUUGUUGAUUUACAUUGUCAUAAAGGGAGCCUUUGUGUGUAGAAGUGGACUGCUCUGCUGGCGGCUAACCUUCCGUUGGCUCUGGCACUACUCAUUGUCUCUGGGGGUCACUGGCUGUAGUAAUGUAUGCGCUAAGUCUACUGUUUGCGUGUGUGCGUGUGCGUGUGUGUGUGGCUUGCAUAAUGGUAUGUCUCUGCCUGGUAUACCACUCAGUCUUUGGUGGUAAUGCCUCACCAAAGGCCCCAUCCUAUCCUAUUGUCAUAAAGCCCUAUAGACAUCGCUAGGAAAAUAGCAUUUAUCUUAAGUAGUCUCUUCCCACAGCCUGUGGCAGGCGAUAGUAAUCACAGAUGACAUUGGACCGAAUAAAAUUGUCAAUAUAGAAUUAAACUGAAAUUGAAUAGGGUUUACUUAACCUAUCACCUCUAGUAUGAUGCAUUUAAAAAAGGUGGCAAUUUUACUGUGGUGAUACAAUUUUAUAAAUAGACCCUAUGUCUGUGAAAGAGUCCAAUUUUACUGUACAUUUCUGUACAUUACUCUGCAUUAUGAAAUCUUAGCUAAAUGCUCAUAGACAGAUUUUACUGGGAAAGAAGUGUUCUGUGCACAGUCUCUUGAGCUGACAGACCUUGGGAGAUAUGGAUCUCAUGGGGGGGUUGAGGCCUCUUGGAAAAUAGAAACUGCUAAACAAUUAUGGGCUGAAGCCACUGAUGUGAUGGAUGGAUAAAAGUGCUACCAGCGUAUUUUCACUUCAACCUACACCACAUACAUCCUGCACCAGAACGACAAGGGAAAGACGUUCAGGAAAUUCACUCGGCAGGAGUUUUAACUUUUCCCCCACUCACUCCCCUUCUGCUGUGAGAGGAGGAAAACAGUGACUUACAGUCAUGCUGGCAUUCAUUUUUAAGUAUGGGUGGUCCCGGGAAUCAAACCCACUAUGUGGAGUUGCAAGCUCCAUGCUCUAGUAACUGAGCUACAGAGGAUCACUGUCUACCUAGUCCUGAGUCAUACCCACAUAAAUACUCUCGCUCACGUAAAUACUGAGACUAUCUUUCUCUCUCUGUGUGUCUAUCUCUGUCUGUCUCGCUCACACACGCACAGACAUACAAACAGAAGUACACUCUAUUGUUCUGACUGAAUGACACACAUACACAGAUAGUCAUGCAUAAAAAGGACACGAAUAAGGGGCUUUGAACACACACACCAAACAUCUGAGCUCCCACCCUCAGCACUAUAGUGUCUGGGUGGUGUUAUGGUACGGUGCUUCCAUAUGGGGAGCUACUGCUGCUGCUGCUGCUGCUGUUGAUGGUGGUGAGGCUUAAUGAUUUGACACCAGGCCUGCAGAACACACCCACACUGACUGAAUUGACUUGUAAAACCCACAAAUGUAUUUUUAUGGGACCAGUCACACAGGAUUUGAUAUUUGCCCGGCUAACAAUUCUGUCACAGCCACCCUGCCGUUAUUCCCGAUUCAUGACCACUUUAUACUUAUAUUGGAUAAAAAAAGAAAAGCGUAUCAAAGAUGCAUUGGCAGAUUGAUAUGUGUAAACCUGGUGUGUGAAGUCAUUCUGAGCCUGAAAGGAGACUGACUGACUGUGGAUUGUGGAUGGAGUAGGGUUGGUGUGCUGGUCAGGUCCUGCCCUGGAAGUCAACCAGGCAGUUGUAAAGAUAUAAAUGAGUCCGUCCUCUUUGUGAACUGACAGCUCGGACUCGAGUGCUACUUCUGUGAGGCCACUGCUCUCUUUGUUGUCGGAGUCCCGUGUUGUCCGCACCCUCUCAUCCCCACUGUGCAAACCCAGGGGCAAACACCAGACAAGGACAUAAUGUAUGGGUUUGGCUGUUGACCGUCCAGACCCUUCAGGGCCAGAUCAAGCACUGUGAGGCCAGUUGGGGGGAGUUUUCAAUAGGGCCGAUUUGCACCCAUCCGGCCAACCGCUGGCGGAGAACACGGCAGACACAGUAGACACUGGCUUUCAGAGCCCUGUCGAGCUGAAGAGGGGAUGUGACUUUUCACAGCCAGGCCCCAACCCAGCCAGGACCACAGACCCCCGGCCUUCUCUCCCAACCUGCUAAAUACCACUCAGAGGUUGGCUGGACCAGGCUGGGCGAUAGGGAAACACACAUACCAGUGACCUAACAGUAACACUCAGGGCCUGGCUGCAUAGAGGGGCUUCCACAUUUAGUGGGGCCUUAACUCACCACUGCGUUUGUCUUACAGACAGAGGAAUUUAAACCAGGGUUGGGGGUCAUAUCCAUUUCAGUACAGUCAAUACAGGAAGGGAAAUGACAUUUCCAUGAAGAACUGAAAAUAAAUAGAAAUCCAGUGAAUCUCCUCUAUUGAAUGGAAUCUAAAUGCAACCCUGGUGCUCACCUCUGGUCCUGGUUGUGGGUAUGUACCAUCCAGAUUCACCUCUCUCACCUGGUGUGUCUUUCCUCCUCUCUGUAGUAGAGACAGGGCCAUGACCCCAGGCUGAAUAAUAGUCACCUAUGUUACUUACAGUCCUGCUCCCACUGUAAAGCAGUCAACACACCACACAGUUUCUCCUAGUGACGCCCCCAAGGGCAUAAGCCAACUAGUACUGAGACAUAACUGCAUUUCAUCACAUAAAUAUUUCAUCAUGAUCUUAUUUGGUUUUCUUAUCGAUGUGCCCUUGUGCAAGGCACUUAACCCUAAUUUGCUUCAGGGGGUGACCCUGUAAAACAACACAUUUCAUUGCACCUAUCCGAUGUAUGUGAAAAUAAAACAUUUAAAUAAAUGUUUCCUCCCGUGCUAGUGUGGUGCCCGCAGAGUUCAUGGGGGCGUGCGUCACUGUCAGGCAUAUCAGCACUAAUGGUAUGAGAGAUGGCCUUUCUGAGACUAUAGCUCAGCAUUCAACACCAUAGUACCCUCCAAGCUCAUCAUUAAGCUCGAGGCCCUGGGUCUGAACCCCGCCCUGUGCAACUGGGUCCUGGACGUCCUGACGGGCCGCCCCCAGGUGGUGAAGGUAGGAAACAACACCUCCACCCCAUACGUAAAAAUGUAUGCACACAUGACUGUAAGUCGCUAUUGGAUAAAAGCGUCUGCUAAAUGGCAUAUUAUUUAUUAUUAUUUACUUGGCUGAUCCUCAACACUGGGGCCCCACAAGGGUGCGUGCUCAGCCCACUCCUGUACUCCCUGUUCACCCAUGACUACAUGGCCAAGCACGCCUCCAACUCAAUCAUCAAGUUUGCAGACGACACAACAGUAGUAGGCUUGAUUACCAACAAUGACGAGACAGCCUGCAGGGAGGAAGUGAGGGCUCUGGGAGUGUGGUGCCAGGAAAAUAUCCUCUCACUCAACGUCAACAAAACAAAGGAGAUGAUCGUGGACUUCAGGAAACAGCAGAGAGUGCACCCCCCUAUCCAUAUCGACGGGACCGUAGUGGAGAAGGUGGAAAGCUUCAAGUUCCUUGGCGUACACAUCACUGACAAACUUAAAUGGACCACCCACACAGACAGUGUGGUGAAGAAGGUGCAACAGAGCCUCUUCAACCUCAGGAGUCUAAAGAAAUGUGGCUUGGCCCCUAAACCCUCACAAAAUUUUACAGAUGUACAAUUGAGAGCAUCUUGUCGGGCUGCAUCACCGCCUGGUACGGCAACUGCACCGCCACAACCACAAGGCUCUCCAGAGGGUGGGGCGGUCUGCACAACGCAUUACUACCCGCCCUCCAGGACACCUACAGCACCCGAUGUCACAGGAAGGCCAAAAAGAUCAUCAAGGACAUCAACCACCCGAGCCACUGCCUGUUCACCCCGCUAUCAUCCAGAAGGCGAGGUCAGUACAGGUGCAUCAAAGCUGUGCCCGAGAGACUGAAAAACAACUUCUAUCUCAAGGUCAUCAGACUGUUAAACAGCCAUCACUAGCACAUUAAAGGCUGCUGCCUAUAGACAUAUACUAGAAAUCACUGGUCACUUUAAGAAAUGGAACACUAGCCACUUUAAUAAUGUUUACAGAUCUUGCAUUACUCAUCUCAUAUGUAUAUACUGUAUUCUAUACUAUUCUACUGUAUCUUAGUCCAUGCCGCUCUGACAUCGCUCGUCCAUAUAUGUACACUACCAGUCAAAAGUUUGGACACACUUACUCAUUCAAGGGUUUUUCUUUAUUUUUACUAUUCUUUACAUUGUAGAAUAAUAGUGAAGACAUCAAAACUAUUAAAUAAAACAUAUGGAAUCAUGUAGUAACCAAACAAGUGUUAAACAAAUCAAAUGAAGCUGGUUGAAAGAAUGCCAAGAGUGUGCAAAGCUGUCAUCAAGGCAAAGGGUGGCUAUUUGAAGAAUCUCAAAUAUAAAAUAUAUUUUGAUUUGUUUAAAAAUUUUUUGGUUACUACAUGAUUCCAUAUGUGUUAUUUCAUAGUUUUAAUGUCUUCACUAUUAUUCUACAAUGUAAAAAAUAGUACAAAUAAAGAAAAACCCUUGAAUGAGUCGGUGUGUCCAAACUUUUGACUGGUACUGUAUAUAUUCUUAAUUAAUUCCUUACUUAGAUUUGUGUGUAUUGGGUAUAUGUUGUGAAAUUGUUAGAUAUUACUUGUUAGAUAUUACUGCACUGUCGGAGCUAGAAGCACAAGCGUUUCACUGCACCCGCAAUAACAUCUGCUAAACACCUGUAUGUGACCAAUCAAAUUUGUUUUGAUUUGAUUUGAGAUGAUCUGAUAGGAUCUGAAGGGAAGGAAUGUGGGUGUGUCUCCUGGCAGAUGUAAAGACUCAUUUGUACACAUUACAAAUAUAGGCUUUAGGCUGUUCCCAAUUCACACGCGAGCCAAUGGAAUGAAUUUGAGUCUAUUUGUAACGGUUGCAUACUGUAUGUACUGGCACGGGAAAAGGGAUAUUCAUUACCUAACAAAUUCAGUGGAAUUUCCCAGAAGAAUUCAGAAGACUUUUCUAGGCACUUUGGGGCAAUAUUGUAUAAUCCGGCCUCAGGCUAGUCUCCUCAUGCCCUGUUGUCUGUUUCAGUUUAACAGAUUUCUGUGGGAUCCAUUUACAUUUAUAUUUUAAUAAUAUAGCAGAAACUCCAGAGUGUAUUCAUCUUAAGAUAGCUAGGUGAGACAAUCACAUAUCAAAGUCGUAGCAACAAAGAAGAAGUUAUCAGCAAAGUUAGUGCUAGUAGGAAAAGACAAGUGCAAGGGGAUAAGACUGAGAUGGCUUAUUAUAAAUACUUUUUGAAGAGGUAGGCGGCAGGUAGCCUAGCGUUGGGAAAGUAACCAAAAAGUUGCUGAUUCGAAACCCCGAGCUGGCAAGGUGGAAAAAACCUGCCAUUCUUCCCUUGAGCGAGGCAGUUAACCUGAAACAACAACUGCUCCGUGGACGUCGAUUAGGGCAGCCCCCUGCACCUCUCUGAUUCAGAGGAGUUGUAUUAAAUGCGGAAGACACAUUUCGGUUGAAUGCAUUCAGUUGUGCAACUGACUAGGUAUCUCUUUCUCAGAUGUUUUCGGAAGAUGAACAGGGACUCUGCUGUCCUAGCAUCAGUGGAAGCUGGUUCCACCAUUGGGAUGCCAAGACAGAGAAGAGCUUUGACUGUGCUGAUCGUGAGCUGCCCUCCAGUAGGGGUGGGAAGGCCAAGAGACCAGAGGUGGCAGAAUGGAGUGCUCGGGUUGGGAUGAAGGGUUUGAUCAUAGCCUGAAGGUAGGGAGAGGCAGUUCCCCUUGCUGCUCCGUAGGCAAGCACCAUAGUCUUGUAGUGGAUGUGAACUUCGACUAGAAGCGAGUGGAGUGUACGGAGGAGCGGGGUGACAUUGGAGAACUUGAGAAGGUUGAACACCAGGCAGGCUGCAGUGUUCUGGAUAAGUUGCAGGGGUUUGAUGGCACAAGCGGGGAGCUCAGCCAAUAGAGAGUUGCAGUAGUCCAGACAGGAUACGACGAGUGCCUGGAUUAGGACCUGCACCGCUUCCUGUGUGAGGAAAGGUCGUACUCUACGGAUGGUGUAGAGCAUGAACCUUCAGGAGUGACUCGCUGUUUUGAUGUUUGCAGAGAACGACAGUGUGUUGUCCAGGGUCACGCCAAGGUUCUUUGCACUCUGGGAGGGGGACACCGUGGAGUUGUCAACUGUGAUGGAGAGUUCUUGGAGCGGGCAGGCCUUCCCCGGGAGGAAGAGCAGCUCCGUCUUGUCGAGGUUGAGCUUUAGGUGGUGGACCGACAUCAGAAGCUUUUGUAUUUGUGCAUUAGCGGAGAGAGGAGAUAUAUUCUGACUGUUUAAAGUCAGUCUCUGUCCUAUGCGAAUAGGCUAUAUAAACAAGAUACCUUUGUUUUGAUUUUUGGAUUUGGAUUGCAGAUUAUUUAGAUGCAACUAUAUACAGGCAUCAAACACAAAUAGAAAAAAACACAAACAAAAUUGUGAAACCACGCAAAAGUGCGAUAAAAUAAUGAAUAAAAAGGAAAGUUGGAUAGAACUUAGGUGCUGUUGUAAUGAGAUAAACCAUAGGAAUUCCUCUCACUAGAGGUACAGCCUUCACUGGAGGAGCCAUACUGCUAGUGAAAGUGGUCUGCCCCAGUCCGCUGCAUUUGGAGAGCCAUUCUACUAAUGAAAGUGGUCUUUCCCUGUCCCUCCUCCUACUCUCUCCUUCUGUGUACGGCCACCACGCCCAUCCCCAGCCAUUGUCAGAGCUUUGUAAUUACAGGGCAGGGCUGUGCUGUUAGAAAUACAGGGAUAGAGCCAUCCGUGUCACAGGGCCAUGUAGGUCAAUAGGCCUGCUGGUUACAGGGCAGGGAAAGCCAGGCAUCCCUAAUUAUGGGUUGCACUGUACUGUGUGUGCAUGUGUGUUUGUUUUUGUCAGUGUGCAUAUGUGAGACAGAGAGAUAGGGUAAUUAAAUCAAGUCAUAUAUCAAUGGGAAAAAAAAUGUAUGUAUGCACUCACUAACUGUAAGUCGCUCUGGAUAAAUGACUAAAAAAAUUUUUUUCUUGCACACACAUACACAAACACAUACACCCUCGAGCACAUGCACACAUGUACACACACACACGUGUAGACACACACACACAGAGAGACACACACACACACACACAGGAAUAGACCUAAAGCAAGUGUAGGUGUUAAUGCAACCCCGGGCGGCUCCAUAACAACAUUAUGUCUGAAGAUGAGGUCAAGCUUUUGCAAAACGCAUCAUCAUGAUGUGGCCGGUGACGCUUUGCUUCUUGAAAGUCCAAUGUCUUGAAAACUUGACUGCUAACAUGCAAAACAUUUUGGGACUGUAUCAACAGUGGAAUAACAAAAUAAAUACCAAAAUAUAGUUUUUGAGUGGAUUUUACAGUUUACAUUAUCUCAUUAAACUUUUUUUUGCCUCCCUUUAACCAAUCAUCUGCAACUAUUAACGUUACUUACUGGCCAUUUCAGCUGCUCUUACUUACUUAUUUAGUGAAAGGGAAAUAAUAAAUGUGUUAAUGGCCCAAAGAAAUGAUCUUGCCGGGCAAAAUAACAGUUUUGAUGAACAGGACUGUUCAUCAAGAGGGCCCGUGAGCUACAGUAUUUGAAUGGGUAAAUACCCACAUUCAUUGCCUUUUUGUUUGGUGUGUGAUUAUUUUCUCUCCCUGUCCCCAAAUGAUUUGUAAGUACAAAGAGCAAACGCAGUCAGUCACCAUGGGAAUGUGUGUGACUUUCGCCAGCUGUCUGAGGUACCCCGCUGGGGAGCAGGAGAGUCACAGACUUCACCUAGGACGGGGCGGGGCACCACUUCACAGCACACAAACGCAGCAUUUUCCUCCCUCUGUCACUAAAAUCAAAUGUUGGCUUAGAUAGGGGGGAAGGAGGAGGAGGAUGAGGAGAUGUGGGGGGCUUCUUGGCUAACAGGCCCAGAAAUGACAUUCUGCCACUAACUCUGAGCUGUUGCUGGUCUGACCUCAAAUGAAGCAGUGGAGGGCCAAAGUAAACCAGAAUAUAAACAGUGUCUGGGAUAACUGAGGGAAAGGCAACAAAUGUAAGCGUCCCCUGCCCUUCUCACUGUCUAAAGGCCUAUUGACUAAUCCCCUGAUAUUGCUCCAUGAUCUAAACCUGCGUCCCUCCUCAACCGGCCAAACAGUCUAGCAUUGUGUCGCUGUUCUUUGGGGCUUUUACAUGAUUACUCAUUGGCAAUGUGUGUCCAGCAUUGAAUCCUCUUCCUCCUCAGAACCCACAGUGUUCGUCAGAACAAGAGCACACUGUUACAGUAACAUAGUCAGAUGUGUUUCAGCUUUUGCAAUACGUUUUGUGUGUGAUAUACCUUCUGUGAUAGUAUGUAUUCCAGUCAGAUCCACUCAGUAGGCACUAUCUUAUGGUAUGCACAAAGGCAAGCCUUGUCGAUAAAAGUAUAUUGAUCUAUAUCAUAGCUAUAUGAGUUUUAUAUCUAUUGACCAUGACAGUGCACUGAGUGAUAACAGUUGAAUUGUUGUUGUGGUUUUCAGAUGUAUCUGGACAACUUAAAAAGGGUUUUACUGUACACUGUGUCUUUGUGCCUUGAGUGGCAGUACUGAGGCAAAACUGUGGCAAUACUGCUCUCUCCUGGCAACAGCUGGAAAACAGCUUUUCACUGAAUCACUCACCUCCCAUCCUACUCUGUUGGUUUAGUAAAGCAAAUAUCCCUGCUGACUUAUGUACCUGUACUAUUCUUUGUUCUACAAAUAGUUGUGUAACUAUAUACAUGAAUGAAUGAAUGAAUGAAUGAAUGAAUGAAUGGAUGCUGGUCAAUGAUUUAUUACUAUUAUUUUAUUUAUUCAGGAGGAAGCAUUUUAUUCUUAAUACAACAUCAAUUUAUUGAAAUGCGUUUAGAAUGGCAAUUGUCCUGCUUUUUUAAUGAAAUGCAGCUUACUAUGUGAAAUAUGGUUCAGAAAUCUGACCCCCUCUUUCUCCUCUCUGUCUCUGCAGGACUCCCAGACGGUAAACUGCCAGAUUGGUGGUCCACGAUGAGAGCGGAGAGAUAAUCACGCAGAGAGCCGCACUCCCAUCCCUGCCGUUUGUGCCAAUGGAAGCAGCGUAUUGAUCCAGACUCCCAGAUUCAUCAUGCCUCUGCCUCCCAGAUAGCACAUCUGAGGACCAGGCCUGCACAGCAAGCCUCGCCUGCACCAUGGCAGGAGAGACUCAGCGCACGUACGCUGUCAAAAAGCUGGACGCUGAGUCCAAACUGCAGGAUGAGGGCACUGCACUGGAGCAGUACAGCAGCAGUGAGAAAGCUACAAAAGAAUCUUCAGAGCACUUCUCAAUUGCGGACGUGGAGGAGCGGACAAUCAGCAGAGGGGCCAAGUUUGUAGACAAGGACAGGGACUAUACUCAGCAGCGCGAGGCUGUGAUCCGACCUCAGCAGGCGGGGAAAAUAGACUUCAAGUCACUUCAGAACAAGCCUAAGUUCGCCAGCAACAGGACGUGGCCCAGUGGCAAGGGCAGCCCCCAGUCCCCGAGCGGAAAGAACCGGAGCCGAGACAAGGGCAAGCGGUCAGGGAAGUCAGAGCGCGGUAACCCACAGCAGCUAUACAGACUCAGCAUCAUCAACCCACGCUCUAACCCUACUAUCGGCAUCGCCUACCCACAGCAGAAGGUCUCGCCACCCAAGAAGCUGGAGGCCAGCCGAGGCCCUGUGUCGGGCAGCUACAGGUUCCACGUGCCCAGUAUACCAGAGCGAGAGGCCGAGCUGCAGCAGGAGGAGCUCAACUACAGCCGCUGCUUCCAGGAGACCUCCUCCAAUCUCGCCUUCCCAAGCUAUACCUCACAGGCACCGGGAAUCACAGGUGGGACAUCCACCCACCAGCAGCCACCCCAGCAGCAGCAGCAACCAGGCCCAAUGGAGAACAAUAAUAACACACAGCCAAGCGGCCAGCUGCUCUUCCCGGACUUUCAGUUGAGUGGCUCCAAUGACUGGCAGUCUCCAGAGAGGACUUUUAAUGGUUCUAACUAUGGGAUUUCCUCACAAAAAUCCACAGUUCUCUCAGAGGCAAACAAGGCAAAUGGCAGCUUUCUGCCUUUGCCGUUUCAGUACGGAUACCUCUUGUUGGAAGACUCAAACCCAGACCCUUUUCCCUGUGAUCAGAACCCCCAAUCCCAGGACUAUAUAGACUCCUCUUUGGCUCCUGCCCAGGUGACUCAUAACUCUUUUACCUUUCAGACAUCUGAGGAGGGGCGGGAGGGGGUUCAGAAUAACACUCAAUUCAACAGUGACCAACCAGAGGACAGGUCUUCCUACCCCAAUCCUCCACAGCCACCACAGUACCUGCAAGCACCACAAGGGGCAGCGUCCUCAAUGCACUGCACCAGCAGCCUGAGUGAGGACUCAGCUAGUAGUGAGAGCUCUGGCUCUAUCUCCCAGCAGUCAGAUCAGGGUAAGAGUUCCCUGUCAGAUAGCACAGACACUUUCGGCCAGGCAGACAAUCGGGAUGUAGCCCUCACUUCAGGGAGCAAGAGGAGCUGCCACCCCAAAGACAGUGCUGCUGCCAGCCAGAGAACACUCAUUCAAGGCAGUGUACACCAUGCCAGAAAUAUUGCACAAGGUCCAAACUCCCAAAUGCACUUUUCAAACAAAGCCUACAACAACAGCCCUCCACUCAAUAGCAUCCACAUGGGCUCAGUGUCUUUUGACAAAAGCAUCAACACCAAGCCCCAUAGUAGGUUACCACACUCAUGGGAAGGACCGACUAAGACCUUUUCACCAGCAGACCAAAACACUAUGGCUUAUCCUAAUAUGAAUGAUAAGUUUCAGUUUCAGAACCAGACAGCCGUCGAUCAAAGGCCAAACACAUCCAAAAGCAGUAGGAUGCCAUGGCAGCAGAUACGCCUAACUUCUGUCAUGCCAAACCAAAACAGGAUUGAGUUGUCUAGGCAACUCAGCAACCAAAAGCUCACUUUUUUGGUAGCACCCUCUGACUGGCAGGAUGACACUAAAUCACAUAAGAAUGGUUCACUGAAAAGCCCCAGCUCCUUCCAAAACAAUAGACCUAGUGAAGGUUUCUCAAACCCAAAGCAAGAGAGUGUCAAACAGGGCUGCAGUACAAUAGCACAUUUUAAAGUUGAGACAAGUCACGCACAGGUCUGUGAGUCCAAGAAUAAGCCUAUAUAUUUUGGAAUGAACCAAUCAGUGCCUGGGUCAUCAUCAAGAACAUAUGGAUAUCCACCAUUACAGGUCCCACCAAUGGGGCUUAUGAUGGUGUCACCAUAUGAAUCUCCCUCGCCCUCCCCAAUCCAUAACCCAGCCUCUAGCAGCACAUGUUCCUCACUCUCCCCAGCCUCAACAAGCCCUGUCAACCUCUCUGACGAAAGUCAGAUAUCAAAGACUGGGCAUCCCCCUCCAUUUUAUCACCAGCACCAACUGACGGCACAAGGACCCACAGAUCACCUCAGCACUAACUCUCACCAUUUCCAAUCAGACGCCUCCCGUAACCUGCCUUACGCCCCAGAGAGGGAAAAAGAUGACAUGAUGAGCUACCUGCAGAACAACGAGCAUCAAAAGCCUAGUAUGGAUGGCAACAAGGGCUAUAUGGAGGGCUUUGGGGUGGAGCACCACCCACCUCCACCACCAUACUCUGCACAUCAACUGUUAGCCACGUCUUUAGCCACGGCAAACCUUGACCAACUGGACGUGCUUCUCACAUGCAAGCAGUGUGAUCAGAACUUCACUAACCUGGCCUCAUUCCUUGGCCAUAAGCAAUACUGUGGACAGCAUGUGUUUUCACAGAAAGUGGACGACACCAGAACAACUCCAGGAAGUUCAACACAGUUUCACAAUGACAUGACAAAAGAUUCAUCCUCUGGGACCAGUUUAUGUCAACGUAUCUCCAUGCCAAGGUGUCCAUCUGACCUUCACCUGUCUCUGCUGGGGCUCAAUAAGAACGGAGAGCUGAUGUCUGACAGCGAAACAAAAGGAGAUUCUAAGGAUGACCCCAUGAAACUUAACCUGUUCUCUGGGGCAGGUAACCUUCCUGUCUCUCUUCCUGACUUGGAGAUGGAGGAUGCAAAGUUAGAUAGCCUAAUCACUGAGGCUCUAAAUGGACUGGGGUAUCAGUCAGACAAUGCAGAGAUUGACAGUAGCUUCAUUGAUGCAUUCGCAGAUGAUGACCUCGCCACUGUCAAAGUAUCGUCAAACAGGCAGACUUUGAAAACCAAAGACUCAAUGGUCUUUGAGGGCAAAAGCAAACAAUCAACUGAAGAUGAUAGGUCUCUGACACAAGGAAAAUAUCUUUAUGACUCAGACAUAGCGAGCCUUCAGACAGACAACAACCACACAGAAAGCAAACUUGAGAAGACCCCUCUGAAUUUUGAGCAUGAUGAGAAAAUGAACAUAAAAAAAGAAGUAUCUCAUAAAAACUCAAGGAUCGCCUCGGGGGAGAAACCGAGGGAGCAAGAAAAUAAAGUGAAAGAUAUAAGAAAGCUGUGCAAGAGUGAAAAGGAAAACACUAACACUCCAAGGUUCCUCUUAUCCAGCACAUUUUCAGAACGUUGUGGAGUUCGAAGCCUCCGGGAUAGCUCUUUGUUGAGUGGCUCAACCUCUUCCCAAGUCUCUUCUGCAAACAGGAGUUGCCCAACCCCAAGGAUUGCAGCAAGGGAGAAUAAAAGGAAAAGGACCGGUGCCGGUACCUGGAGCAAAGAACUCAUCCACAAAAUAGUUCAACAGAAGAACAAGUUACACAAGCUCCAUGUAAAAGGCACCAAAAACCUCCAGUUCUCACUGGUGAUGGAGAGAUUGACGCCCACAGUGCCAAAUCCUACAUUUGGGGAGUACGACUAUGUCUCAGACUCAGAUGACGAGUGUGAGCCUGUGAAGAUAGCAAGCCAAGGUCGCCUGAGCCAAAGCAGCCGCUGCAAGUACACCUACACAAAGGAGUGCAAAUGGAGGGCUAGGAGCGACAGGAACAGUGCAGCAUGGAGGCAUGAGUCAAAAGAGUGCUUUGAGGUAAAGAAAGCUGAAGACGUCUCCCUGUCUCUAGAGAAAUCUGGCUCUCACCAGAUACUUCGGAGGAGAGGCAGCAGGUCAUCCACUAGCAGUGAAGUCAGCACGUCUGUGAGUAUCUCCAGCGAUGGCAUCAACAGCCCCAAAAGCACUGACCGCACAGACUCAGACUGUGAGAAAAUAAUGGAGAUCAGGAGGAAAGACUCUUCCGAGCAGAGAACCUACGAGCGAUCUCCACAAAAGAUAUACAAAGAGUCUAGCACACAACUAGCACUGACAUUCACCAAAUCUACUCAGAGGUAUAGCGCUGAUAAGACUUUCCUCUCUACUAACAAAGACAAUUCAAUGGCCUCAAGUAUCACUAACUCGAACAUUGAAGAUGUUGAUCCAGUAUCAGCACUACUAAAGGUGGGGAGUGCAGUCAAAAAUCUUGAGAAAUGCAAACGCACAGAUGUGUCCUCAAGGGAGAAGGAUGACUCAUUUAGCAGAGAAACAGAAAUGAUAGCAAGUUCAGACAAAAACACACCACUGAGGACAGCCGUCAAGAUCUCCAAAGGGGAAUCAAUACAUUUUCAAUCUAUUUGUUCUGAUCUCAAAUCACAUCAGCUUCAAUCAUUACAUCCUGCCACAAACAACAUGGAAGCAAAUUCUUAUAAUAAAUUCAAAAAAGAUGAAACCAUCUCAAAGGAAAAAUCAGUACACAAAAGACGAAAAAGCGUGGGAUGUCAAUCUACACAGCCGCAUUCAAAGCUAUCAGACAAUUCUACAUUUUACAAACAUAAUGAGAGUGUCCAUCCAAUGAAAGAGCCAAUGACUUUCACUAAUGACUUAGUCCCCAAGUCCACACCUCUUUGCAGUGCACUCAUGGACGAAGUGUGCCUGUCUCCAACUGAACUUCAGGAGCCUCUGACACAGAAAGAGACAUCAGAUCUAAUCCCAUACCCCCUAGAGCAGGACCAGAGUCUUAUGAAGUCUCCUCUCUCAUUUGACACAUCGUCAAUGUUCGGGGACCUCUCAGUGGCAGGAUUUGACAAUGGCCUCUACACUGACGUUCCAUUGCACAAAGAAGGUUUCAGCUCCUUAGAUACCAUCAAUGACAAAAAGGAGGUGUUUAGCUCAUCAUCCUUUCUUUCUCCUUUCUUGGAACAGAGGGACUGGGGCCUUAUGGUCGAUGUCAGCCCCAUGUUACCAGAUGAGAUAUCCCAAUACAAAGACGGCUCUGAUAAAUUAAAUGAAAAGAAAUCAGAUUACAAUCAUGUUCCUUUGUCUCUGCCAGACAAAAUAAUGGACUACAGUACAAAUCUCAACAGCUGUGUGUCAGAAGAUGAGCUAGAGAUAAAGAGGAUUGUGACUGAGUUGGAAAAUCAGCUCCAGACAGCCAAGCUAAGUCCACCACUGCUUACUGAGGAGUCCCCAAAGCAGCUGAAGAUUAGUAAAUUCUCCCCUCUGCCACUGGACGACGAAUCUGAGAAUGAAGACACUGGUCUAGAUAUGGGCUGCCCUGUGCAAAGCAUGGCGUUGGCAGUGUCAAUUAUGCCAUCUGACCCACAUUCAGAGUCCUUUGCUGAGCAUAGUCUACCAUGGUCCAGUCCAUUUGAGUUUGAGUUGAUGGAGGGACAGCAUACUCUAACCCAUGAUGAACCCAGUGUCCUUGAACAAUUUAGCAAAAAGGAUGAUCGCGAACACAGUAUGAUAACCACAACCUCAAAUACAGAGAAAGUGAAAGAGCAACUGAAACAGGAGGACCACAGAGAUGGAGACAUGGAUGUUGACAAUAGAACUGACAUAGAGAAAUCUGAGGAGAUUCUAGAGAGUAAGACCUAUGCAGAAAACCUGAUGAAAAGCCUGGAAGUGAUAUCAGAUUCCAUUUUCAAAAAUGAUUCCAUCACACCUGAAGAGCAGGAGCCAAACCUCACAUCCCGUAAGAGCCCAGAACACUUACAUAGUGAAAGCCAAACUCCAUCUGCUGAUACUGCUGAAAGCAGAGAUCAUAAUGAAAAGGAGGUGAUUCCUGAUGAGGCAAAUAUUAAAUCCACACACGUUAAGUCACGGCCUCCUCUCUCAGAAAAAACAGAGCUCCCAUCUGAUGUAAAAGAGAUUGUUUCACUGCAGCCAAGUGAGUCUAUACCUAACAACGACAGUGGGUCAGAAGUCAAAGACAUCCCAAUCAUGAGCAAUGUCACUGAAGACAGUAGUGUUAUAGAAACUGAUUACUGCUCAAACACUGAAAUGGAUAAUCAACCAAUGAUUGAGGAGACCUGUGAGAACCAGAAGCUAGAGGACCAUGGGGAUGAAAUCCUUGAAGCCAAAAGUGCCCUCCCUGAGCACCCAGAGCUUCUAGAUACUUCCAUUGAUGAGCAUACAGAGCUUGUAGAUACUAUAAGUGAUAAGCAUACAGAGCUUCUAGAUACAACCAUUAAUGAGCAUCUAGGGCUUCUAAAUACUUCCAUUGAUGAGCACACAGAGCUUCUAGAUACUACCAUUGAUGAGAAUACAGAGCUUCUAGAUACUACCAUUGAUGAGCAUACAGAGCUUCUAGAUACUACCAGUGUUGAGCAUACAGAGCUUCUACAUACUACCAUUGAUGAGAAUACAGAGCUUCUAGAUACUUCCAUUGAUGAGCAUACAGAGCUUCUAGAUACUACCAUUGAUGAGCACACAGAGCUUCUAGAUACUACCAUUGUUGAGCAUACAGAGCUUCUAGAUACUACCAUUGAUGAGCAUCAGGAGCCAGUAGAGCCAGUGGAGGACAUCAGUCUCAAUGCUAAGUCUGUGAUCCAGCCCUCCAAUGGGUCUAACCUAGCACAGCAGGAACUGGAUGCAAACUUGGAUAAUAAGCCUGAAGAGGUAGAAAAUGCAUCUGAGGAACAAUCCAUAGAUGUCCAAAGUAACUGUGAGAGUGUAUGUCCUUCACCAUCUGCAAAUGAACAGACGGAGGACAGUUCAGCAUGUGUAACGAAGGAAGACAACAUUGAAUCCAAAAGUACAAUACAGAAUGAGGUGAUAAGCCAUACAGUUCCUCUGAGGUGUAGCAUCCCUGUGAAUGAUAUUGCCAAUCAAUCACCCCAUGUCUUCAUGGAGACUGUCGCAGUUAAGCCUUGCAGUCCACUGUUGACGGAAACCAAUACAGAGCAUGCUAGCCACACAUCACCCUUUUCCAACAUUGACUCAGAUGAUGAAAGCACAUUGGUCAUUGCUGAGUGUGACAGUGACAGUGAUGCACAAAUGGAACAUACACAUGAGGACAAAGAAACAGAAAUGGAACCUGAAUGUGAGGCUAACCACAGACAAGGAGAAGAGAUUUCAGAUGUUGAAGACAUCCAGGAACAAGUUCCCUUACAUCUCAUGGCAUCUCCCCAGCACUCACCAUGCAAAGAAGAUUUGCAGAUGGACGAAAGGCUGGAUAUUAUUCCAGAGGAUGCUCCUCCGUACAGUCCUAUUCUAUCAGCUUCUCCACACACACCUGUGGAGAACCCUGACACACAAGAACAAGAACAAUCACAGCCAAUCACAUGCAAUAAUAUAGAUACUAUCCCAGCCUCAAUCCAAUCUCCCAAUGAGGAAAAUUGUGAUGACCUAAAUGCCAAAGAAGCACUGCAUAUUGAUGACUCAUUGACCAUAACAGCUGAGAUGGAGUACUCUUUAGUAAGUCCUCCUCAACUGGACUUGGGAAUCACAGAGAGCAAAAUAUGUAGCACUGAAGCCUGCAUUCCCUCUCCUCUACCGUUGACCAUUGCAACAGAGCAAUCUGAGGCAAUGGGGGCCCUUACGAAGAGAGUCUCUGUAUCACUGUAUGAUUUCAAAUUAAGCCCACUGAACUACAAUUACAUUCCAGAUGAGCCUCCACAACUGAGUCAGUUUGAUUACACUCCUAUCUCCCCAGCCAACGUGGAUGAGGAGGAGCCAGCCAUCAAGCAGAGCCACAAGGAUGACUGUGAACCUUGUGAGUGCAGUGAUGACACGACAUUGACAUCAGACAAAACACUGUGUGGCAUAGACACAGAGUUACCUAUGAGUCCAGACCAUACAGCCAACCUAAGUCCACCAGAUGAAUCUUUGAACAAGAGCAGCAUCCAAAAUGACAUAAAAUGUCCAUCCAUUUUACUGGGUCUCCCUUCUCAGAGCACUGCUCCGUCCACUGGCAAUAUAAAGGAGGAUUUGGACAUUUGCCCGGCUCCCCUUCAAACUAUUGAUUAUUUGGACUUACAUGUUGACUUGCUAAAGGGAGUGGAUCCAGAGGCGCUGCCAGAGGCCAUGGAUAUUCAUAAGGUCCCUAGUGAGCUGAACGCCCUUGCUUUUAUAAAGGACAUAUCAGAUGAUCAGCACACUCCCAAACCACUGAUCAUCUGUGAGAAUAAGCCAACCCCAUUACCAUCAGACCAAACAGAAUCACUAACAGUGGAGGAAGGUCAGUGCUCAGCAACCCUCCAGCAAGAGGAAGAAACCAUGCAGAAAAAUAUACAUCUGUGUGAGAUAUGCUCAAUGUGUUUCCAGACAGUGCCAGGAUUAAGGAGACACAAGGCCAUGAAACAUUUGGUAAGGACUGAAAGAAGCCCACUUUUGGAAAAUGCAAGUAAUCAAGGGAGUCUACACAGUUACCAAAUAUCCCAGUCUAUAGAAACAGGAAAUAAAAAUGAUCUAGAGCUCCUGGUUCCACAGACCUGUUUGCAAACAGAAAGCAAUGAGGUUUCUGAGAAUCACUGUCCUGAGACAAGUAAUAGCUCCUUCAUAACCAAACACGGAGAAACCGAUUUAAUCCUGGAGAACACCACAAGUGAAACAAAUAUGGCAGUGCCAGCUGAUGACAUAGUCCAGCAAAUGCCUCCUCAGUUGACAAAAGCCAAGAAAAGCUACAAACCACGGAAGAACAAAAACAAUGAAGUGAACGUGAAGCCUGCCCCAUUCUCUGACGAGCUUCUCAAUAUAUUGAAAACAGACAUAUUACAGGCUAUUACUCCUGAAAUCCAAACCCGGGUAAAGCAAGGAUGCUGCAAGUCACCUGAGAAACAAGACAUAAUCAAUUAUCUUGUAAACCACAAAGUUACAGAGCAGGAGGAAGUCCAAUGUACUGUAACAAGUAACAGUGGCAUUGAACAGAUGCCAAUGUCUCCAAUAGAGGUUACAAGUCUAGCUAUGGACUUGACUCAAAGCAACAAUGAUACAGAAGAGGUGAAAAGCACAAAUCUGCCAGAGAUUGUCAAUGGAGAAGCAGAAGUUAGUAUGGAAGUAUCUGUAAGUAAGGAUAUUAGUAGGGAUUAUGAUAUGUCUAGAGAGAAUUUGUAUGACACAAAAGAGGCAUGUGAGCAACAAACUAAAGAUCAGAGUCUUGCCAAAGAAAUACUGGGAGAGGUUGCAGUAAAGAUUGAGAAAAACACUGGCCCGACAGAUGAGGUGGAUAAUCUCUCCUGUUUUAAAUCUUCUCUUGCAAGCCCUCCUGGACUAAGCACUGAUUUGAAUGUUUUUCUUGAUGAUGAAAGCACAUUCUCCCAGCUAUUCCCCACUAGAAACGAGGAACUGAAAAGGAAAAAAUGUGCUAAGGUUUAUGGUAAGAAGAACAAGAAGCAGAAACUAUCACCCGAUUCACCAUUAGUUCAAGACUAUCCUCCUCCUGACCUAUAUCUCGAAAAGAAAGAUGACUAUACAGAAAAUCAGAUAGACCAAACAUUUGUCAACAAUCAAAAUGACCCUUGUGAAUAUGAAACAAUAUCCAUUGACGAUGCUAUCAUGUUGAACAUGUGUCAUAAUAGCACGUUAAAGAGUGAUUCCAAAAAAGUAUGUAACAUGAAAGGAGAUACAACAGACCACAAAGACAUUCAUGAGCAUACUGUGGAGCAUGGCAGUGACUUCCUAUGCCAACCCGAGAGCACUAUCGACAAAGCAUCAUUGGAAUGGAGUGCCUCCAACGACUCUGUUACAGAUACUGUGAUCUCCUCUGACCCAACUUCCUGUAAAGCAGAAGUCCCAACCCCACCAUGUCCACUUCCUAUUAUAGCCUCUUCUGCACCUUAUCCUGGAGAGCCAUGUGCUACAGACAAUGUGUCUCCUUUCCACAACAUUGACAUCCCAAACCUCAAUACCACAUUCCAGCUACCCGAAAUUCAAUUAUUUGACUCCAACAAGGACAUCCCAUUAGAAAGACCCAUUGGCACUGAUUAUGCAGAGACCAGAGACACUGCAAAGGCCAAGAAGCUCACAGAACGCAGGAAACGACAAGAGGACAGCGUAAAGAUCAAGGACAAACAGUACAAGUGCAAGGUAUGCUUCACCUGGUUCCUCACCCUGGGGGAGCUCAACUUCCACAAGUUAUCCCACAACCCCUCUCCACCUCCCACCUGCUACAUGUGUGUCCAGCGCAAGUUCAGUUCUCGGGAGCAGCUGAGGGACCACCUGAGAGAGAAACACGCCAAGAACAAGGCCGGCAUCUGGACCUGCGGCAUGUGCCUGAAGGAGAUAUCGGACGUGUGGAUGUACAAUGAGCACUUACGGGAGCAUGCCACGCAGUUUGCCCGCAAGGGCCAGUCACACAGCGCUAUCCUGGGGAGUCUGCCAGGCUCUGGCAUGCAGGAGUCAGCCGUGAAGAACUUCAUCACCUCCAUCAUGCAACGCCGCCCCAGCAAGGCCAGCAGAGAGUCCAGUAAGGUCUCCAACAAGGAUAAACUAGCCGUGGUAGAAAACACUGGGCAGGAGGUGAGAACUACAGAGGUAGCUCAGCCCAAAGUUGUCAAGCCUAAAGAGAACAGUGAAAAAGUGGGGAAACCAAGCACGCUGACACCUGUUGAGGUUCUGCACAAAACAGAGCCAGUGCCAAAGAAUGUGGAGAUGCACCCCAACUGUAAAGACCCCUCAAGAGACUGCCACCACUGUGGCAAGCAGUUCCCCAAACCCUUCAAGCUUCAGAGGCAUCUGGUUGUGCACAACUUAAAUAAGAUUUUUCUGUGCCACAAAUGCCCAGUGACCUACCAGGAGCCACAGGAUCUAAAAUAUCAUCUGAAGAGUGAGCAUGAGGAGGUGGAUGAGCUUGACUCAAAGCAUACCACCCUAUACACCUGUGAGCUGUGUGCAGACGUCAUGCAUGUGAUCAAGAAAUCUUUCAUCUGCAGCACCUGUAACUAUACCUUCUCUAAGAAAGAGCAGUUUGACCGACACAUGGAAAAGCACUUGUCAGGUGGGAAUAAGAUCUUCAAGUUUAGAGGAGUUCUCAGACCUAUCAAGACAUCUGCCUCCAAAGAGAACGAUGAGUGUGAAUUGCCAGCUAACAAAAAGAGAAAGAUUCUUAGUGACAGUCUACAAGAGAACAGCUCUGACAGUGGCAUCGCCAGCAUAGCCUCAAUGCACUUAAAUCAGAGUGCUGAGAUGCCAGUUCUGAAACUCUCUGUACACACAACAGAGGACUCUACACAGACCAGUGCAUGUGAAUAUCACACUGAAAAUUAUGCCCAUGUGAAGACUGAGGACAUGGCUGAGGACUACUCUGACAUGCUGGUAGAGCUGGAGCAUUGUACGUUUCACCUGGGCUCUGAAAGUCUCUCGACUGCUACACCCAAAACAGAGGACAUUGAUCCCAGUCCUUCACCUAAACUGCCUGUUAGAGACAUUGGUGAGGCCGAUGGCAAAUCAUUCACAGAGCCAUGUGAUGUGAAGGAAGAGGAUGAUCCCCUUGAGAGCAGUACAGCUGAAGAGGAAAGGGAGUGCUUUGCCAAUGCUAAGCAGAGCACUCCUGAGAGCAGCACACAGACUACCACAGCAGAAGCUGAAAAGAAGAAGAUACAGAGGAGAGAUUCCACGGCAUCGGAUGAGGAGUUGUAUGUUAGUUUCCGUGAAAACCUGAUCAACAGCUCAAAGAGACCCGAUUCACAUGAUCUCCACCGUCCUCCUACAAAGCAUAAAUCAUCUACCAUUGUGAUGGACCAAAUGAGGGAGAGUGAGCAGGGGCAACAGUCAACCAGCCCUCACAGCCAUGACAACAAGCAGAAGGACAAAGCCUCCACACCCAAACCCAGUGAAAACACUAAACACAGCUCCAACAACAGCCCCAGGGCCAUAGAGUCAACACCAGUCCACCACACCAAGAUCACUUCCCAGGGCCCGGCAUCCAACGAGGACAAAGACUCUGUGAGAAGAGAACAGAAGAAGAGGAAAGAGAUGAGGACACCUCACAGUUUACAGAGGGUCUCCUCGUCUGCCACACGGGAGAACCUUGGUGCCGACGUCAAGGCCAAAAAUAAGUUCCGUCCCAGCAAGUGCGAGAGUCCGGCAGUUCACAGGAAAUCGGACGGCCCCAGCGAAUACCCGGUGCUCUCUUCAGUGAAAGAAGAUGUGGUCAGCAUCAAAAUAGUCCCCAAGCACAAAACAUCAGGGAGUCUAGGCCUUCAAGCAAAGAGAAGCUCCCUCGAUAACUGCACGCCAAGGAAAGCAGAGAUGGUGCAUCAUAUUAAUGGGGAUUACAAAGCCAAAAAGGGGCCUCUUGGACGGCCUCUUCAUUACCCAGUUUCUAAAGCAUCAGCGCCUCCUAUGAACAAUUCCUUGAAUAAGUCUAGGCCAAAGACAGGGGUGAGGUCCAUGGAGAGCCACUCCUAUAGGACAGCAGAGUCACAGAACAACCUCCUGAGCCAGCUGUUUGGCCAGAAGCUCACCAGUUUUAAGAUUCCUUUGAGGAAGGACACUUCAGAACCAAUAAACUGA